AUGGUGACAGUGAUACCGCGCAUCAUCACAACACCGUAUCCGCGGACGCGACUCCCGCUCUACCUUUACACGUUCUCGAUAGUAAGCGCACGUUUUUUUUUUCUUCUAAAUUUCCGUCCUCCAUCCAACACUACAGUAAUCGUCAGGGAAUCGCGUGCUCGCUGCUCUACUGGAACCUGCUCUACUGCAAAAACUACAAUUGUGCGAGCGACAAGGAGAAGGAGCUGAAAUUGGGCGCCACGAAACAUUUACUGCAGGUACCGUGUGUGUGUGCGCGUACUUUCAAAUCCGCCUACAGUACUUUCCCGUCGUCGCCGCGCCCAUCAUCAUGUUCGUCUCGUUCUCGUGGCUCAUCGUCGCGAUUCACUACGCCUCCAGUUCGUGCAUUCUCAACUUUAACUUUAUGGUAUUAAUGGAUUACGGCGCGCGGCCCGAUAGCUACAGUAAUCGUUGCAGGAAAUGCCGUCGGCCGUCUUCUGUUCGCUUCUCGGCGGUAUCAGUUCGGUCAUCGAAAUUCAUUUUUCGAUCGACGUCGCCCACGUUCAAUGGACCGAUCAAUGGUUGCUUUCGGCGGUGGGGGGAGGCGGUUGCAAAGUGUCCCGGUUGCAAAACGUCCCUUUAUUUGCAGGCCUCCUCGAUCCUUUUGUGUCUUCUUCACGCUUCCAUCGCCUUCACACUCCAAUAG